GCUUACUCUUUCUUUCCUCACUCUCCUCAAGUAACUUUGACGCAGCUGCCAUUUUUUAUUUGCUUUCAGGAGAAGCUUGUAUUUAAAAAAUGGUGAGGGUGAGCGUUUUGAAUGAUGCACUCAAGAGCAUGUACAAUGCGGAGAAGAGGGGAAAACGGCAAGUAAUGAUCAGGCCGUCCUCUAAAGUUAUCAUCAAGUUCCUUUUGGUCAUGCAAAAGCAUGGUUACAUUGGAGAGUUUGAAUAUGUAGAUGAUCAUAGAUCUGGUAAAAUUGUGGUUGAACUGAAUGGAAGGCUGAACAAGUGUGGUGUUAUCAGUCCUCGUUUCGAUAUUGGAGUGAAGGAGAUAGAGGGUUGGACUGCUCGUUUACUUCCUUCGAGACAGUUUGGCUACAUUGUGCUCACCACGUCUGCUGGAAUUAUGGAUCACGAAGAAGCCAGAAGGAAGAAUGUUGGUGGAAAAGUACUUGGCUUCUUCUAUUGAGAUGUUGGUAUCAUCUAGUAGUUUGUCAGUCAUGUUUUAAUGUUUUGUUUACUUUGGUUGGGAUUAUGAAUCGUUUGGUUUUUGGAUUUUAUUCGAUAAUAGUUGAAAGAGUAUUUUU